UAUCGAUUAUAAAAUUAACCAGAAAAACCACCAAUGGAAUUUGGGACGAAUUUUUCACCGGCGGGUAUUCAUUCAUCCGCUCAAUCAUCACUGCCUAUGGCGAUUCAAUGAAGCGUUGCGCGAGCACACAACACCCACACACACAAAUUCAAUAACCUUCCCUUUUCCCAUUCCAAAUCCCCUCUCUCAUCUCUCUCAAAAAUUUCAGUCGCCGCAAACACUUUCGCCUUCCUUCGCUGAACUGAUGGAUUAAAUGAACGUCGGCAAGAGAUGAAAAUGGCGGGGACGUCCUUGAGUUAUUCUAAAUCUUCAGCUCAAAAAGAAAAAUCCUUCCCUUUUUUGACUAAAUUCAAAAUUUGGAUCAAUAAACAUUAAAAAAAGAUGGUUUUUUCUACAAAAAAAUUCAUAAAAUAAUUUGUAGUUCAAUAAUACCCAAGUCUAUUUAACUUUUAAUCUUCUAGAUGACAAACAAAAAUAUUUACUAUAUUAUUCCAUUCUUCCUUAUCUCACUUGUUAACCUCACUAAUUGUUGUCCUGAUCAAGUUAAACAAUUUUGUUCUUGUGUUGAUCAAUUUGAUGGUGUUUUGCUUAAUUGUACAGCUCCAUCUUUUGGGAAUCAAACUACUUCAGGAGAAACUUGGGCAAAAAAUUUAAUGCAGGCGUGUACCCUCAAGUCCAACCAAGCUCAUCUUGGAUUAUUAAAAUUAUUAGCUAUUCAUGGAAGCAACGAUGGAACUAGAGAAUCAUCUUUAAUCCCCAUACUCUCCGACAAUUUAUUCCAAGGCCUUUAUAUUAAAAGACUUGAACUUGUUGGUUGUGGGAUUAGUGUUGUGCAGAAAGGGGCAUUUAGAGGGCUUGAAUCUGUUCUUCAGGAAAUAGUAAUUACUGGAAAUAGAAUUCAAGAAAUAUCAUUUAAUGCUUUUCAUCAAAUGAAUGCCUUAAUAAAACUUGAUCUCUCUGAUAAUUACAUUGAAGAAUUAAAAACAGAAUUGCCGAGAAUUUCAAAAGUAAACUUUAUUAUUUAA